UUUACUUGCUGUGGUAUCACCAGCUACAGUGACUGGAACCCCCAGACUCCUCCCCAGUCUUGCUGCGAGCACAAUGAGAGCUCCCCAACUUGCGGCUCGACCACUUCCAAUCUUUACGAUCGCGGCUGCGCUUCCGAGUUCUCGAGCUUUAUGGAAACCAACCUCCUCGCUAUUGGCAUCACUGCUGUCAUUAUUGCUGUUCUUCAGCUGAUCUCCAUCUCCGCUGCUCGUUCUGUGUACCAUGACAUUGAGGGCACCUACGCUUAA